UGGAGCCCGCAGGUCGUGACCUCAUUCGAGAGUACCACGACGUUUUCCCAUCGUCAUCUCGUACGCUGGCAUCCCACCGAUGCGCGACGUCGAGCACUCCAUCCAGCUUGUGCCUGACUAUCGUGUUCACCACCAGGCACCCUACAGACUCUCGAUCCCCGAGGCCACCAUACUCAAGGGUCAGCUUGAGGAGCUUCUGAGACUGGGUUUUAUUAAACCCAGCAACUCCCCGUGGGGUGCACCCGUCCUGUUUGCUCGCAAAGCGGAUGGAACUCUUCGUCUCUGCAUCGACUACCGCGGUCCCAACCGCUACACGGUUAAGAACAGCUACCCCAUGCCUCGUUCCGAUGAGCUGUUCGACCGCCUAGCAGGCAACCGUUUUUUUACGAAGAUUGAUCUUCGUAGCGGUUACCAUCAGAUCCGCGUCGCUGCAGCGGACCAGCCGAAGACCGCGUUCCGAUCGCGAUUCGGCCACUACGAGUUCACUGUGAUGCCAUUCGGCCUCACCAAUGCACCCGCCACUUUUCAGAGGGCGAUGAACGACAUCUUCAGGGACAUCCUGGAGCAGUACGUUCUCGUCUACCUCGACGAUAUGCUGGUCUACAAUCGUACCCUUGAGGAGCACCUCAGACACCUCCGCGACAUCCUUGACCGCUUGCGCAGACAUGGCUUCUACGCCAAGAUGAGCAAGUGCCGCUUUGCCCAGCACAAAGUGGAUUUCUUAGGACACUACGUGUCUGACCAGGGUCUCCACAUGGACGACGCGAAGAUCACUGCUAUUGCGGAGUGGCCCGCUCCCACAUCCGCCAAGCAACUUCGCAGCUUCCUAGGCCUGACCAACUACUAUAGUAAUUUCAUCCGAGGAUACGCUAGGUAUUCCUACGUCCUUACCUCCACCCUCCUUUGGAAGAACCCACCCUGGGCUUGGACACCCCUCCACGAGGACGCCUUCCGCGCCCUCAAGAAGGCGGUGACAUGCGCACCGGUUCUUCACCUACCCGAUUUUGACCGCCCUUUUAUCCUUACCACCGAUGCGUCAGACUUCGCUGUAGGAGCAGUGCUUUCUCAGGUCUCCCCCUCAUCUCCUGAUUCCUCUCAUCCUCGUAUCCCUCGCUUCCCACCACCUACCCCUAUCACUGCUUCCCGACUGACGCCUACUCGUCCAGCAACUGACGAGCCUUCUAUUGACUAUUCUCCUACCAUCCCCAGGGACGGCACUGUCGAGUCUCGCUCAGGUGAUUGUCCAAUAGCCUUCUACUCCCGUCAGCUCCUGCCCGCCGAAAUAAACUACACCGCUGAUGAACGUGAGCUACGUGUCCGCGGAGUAGCAGAGUUCCAUGACCAGGCAGUCGCCGGUCAUAUGGGCUUCCACAAGACGUUGGCUCGUGUGAGCAGUCUGUACGUUUGGCCGAAGCGCAAGGACUUUGUGAAGGACUACGUCGCAGAGUGUCCCACUUGUCAAGAGGUGAACAGUGCGAACCACUUGCCUUAUGGUUUGCUCCAGCCUCUUCCUAUCCCUCAGGGUCGUUGGCAGUCCAUCUCGAUGGACUUUAUCGGUCCCCUUCGUCCUCCUACCCCUCGCAGUCAUGAUGCUAUCCUGGCCGUCGUCGACCGCUUCACGAAGCGUGCACGCUUUGUUCCGUGUCGCUAUGUUAUCAGUGCACGUGAGGUCGCCGACAUCGUGUUUGACCGAGUCGUGCGUGACCACAGAUCACCUUUGAGCAUCAUAUCUGACCGUGACCCACGCUUUACCUGCCGAUUUUGGCGACGGCUCCACGAGGUGUACGGCACUCAGCUCCGCUUCUCCUUGUCUUACCAUCCUCAGACUGAUGGCCAGACCGAGAUCACGAAUAGGACUCUCAGAGAUAUUCUCCAAAAGAUUGAUCGUGACGACCAGCAGUGGGAUCUUCAUCUUGCCCACGCGGAGAUAGCCUACAACCACGCCGUAUCGCCAGUCACGGGGAUGUCGCCUUACUAUUGCGACCUCGGCUAUCACCCGCAUGGUUUGUCAGGCGGCGUGGACUUGGAGGGCGAGGAGGUGGUCUUGACGUCACGCGGGCCAGGGCGGAAGGACACCGGGAAGAGGAAGGCGGUGGACAUCAAUGGCGUUCCACCUGCACCGGGGAAGAGGGCUCGGCAGAGCAUGAUCGAUGAGGUUUACGACGCGGAGAAACAGUCGCACUUCAGCGACAAGUUUCUCCAGUGGGUGUACGAUGUAGGCAUUGCGUUCAAUGCCUUCAGGAGACCGUCUUGGAGGGAGGUUAGGAAGGCAGCUGAAAAGAUGCCUCGAGGUGUGCGGAUGCGAUUUCCAUCGUUCAAGGAAAUCGGCGGUCYGGGGGUGCCUUCGCAGAGGGCGAAAGUCGCGACCUUGCUUAGAGAGGUCCGAGAGGCUUUUGUGCACAGUGGCGCGACCAUGUUGUCAGACGACAAGAAGUCUCGCGAUGCACGGCCCAUCGUGAACUUCCUUGCAGCUGGUGCCAAUGGCGCACUACUAUACACCACCAUUUGCCGUGACGGUGCAGUCCCCGAGACCGGGGUCAUUGUCUAUUGCAGGUGGAGGGCUAUUAUCACCUCCUUCCUUGCGAAGGAUGUCAUCGCUUUUCGCACGGACUCCGCAAGCAACUAUGUUGCGGCGUCCAAGUUACUCGCACAGGACCCCGGCCCCGACGUCACGCGCAUCACGUGGCUCCCCGGCUCCACCCACGUCUGCAACCUGAUGGUGUCAGACAUCGGGAUGCGAGUAGAGUGGGCGAGGGACACCAUCAUUCGGGAUCGAUCUUUGGUGCGGUUCAUCAAAUCGCACGGAGCGGUCCUUGCCCUUUACAAGAGGAAGAGCCCUCGCGCCGCUGGCGAGGAUGAGGAGGACAUCGACCCGGAGCCGGCGGCAUGGGAGGCUAGACUGAUAGGGACCUUCAGCGACGCUGAGCUGAGGAGGCAGAUUGACGUCUUCGUACGUGACGGCACAGCCCCUCCGCGAGAGGUGUCGGUCGUUUUUGGGCAGAGGGCAGCCACAUUGUUGCCUUACGACCAUGUGCCUCCUCCCGCAGAGGACGCCGCCGUUCAGGAUGCAAAGGCUGGGGAGGACGACUGGACAGACCCGUCGGACCUUGGGCCGGGUGGGGACAGGACCGCAGAGCAGGUGCAUUUCACGUACGGCGGAGGAUCGGAAGGGCUAGCACCUCGAACAUCGGUCAUCACAGACGAUGGGUUAGGCCGGGCAGAGGGAGUUGGAGAGCGGCGGGCCCCUGCGGGUUCUAGGGGUCGUUCAGAGCAGCCAUCGAGUGUCAGGGCUGCACACCUACCCCCUUUGCCGAGGCAACGGGUUGUAGGGGUUGACUCCAACGGAGAGGACGAGCCUGACACGGAGGAGCGUCUAACGGACGCACAGUUUGAUCCCAACCACCACUCGUUCGUGCAGUCAGAGGAGCUGCUUCGAUCGAGGAGGUUGGCUGGGCAAGGCGGUGCGCACUCGCAGCACCUUGACGACAUCCCAGUUGGGGAGCGGAGUCCGGUCACUCCUCCACACGGCCGUGAUCGUCAUGACACCCACGACACGCCCUCUUCGUUGCACACCAGCGAUUUCGACGUCGGUGGAUAUCAUGGUGGAUCGCAUGUCUUGCGUCAUAAGUCUGCAGUUGAGUCCGUGCGCGGGGCCGAUGAGACACAAAGGGAGGAGACGGCCGAGGAGAGGGACGCUCACCUUGAUUGUGAGGAGGAGGCACGGUUGCAGUCUAUGCCGAGGUGGGAGGGUAGAGAGGCAUACGAGGCCGAGCAGCGCAAGUUGCUUGAGUUGGAGACUAGCGAAGCACGCCCUGCCGGUGGAUCGCAGAUGGGUAGUGGUGGACCGACCGUUGGUGUGCAGACUGAGAGCGAUUGUGGCAUCGAGGAGGAGCGCGCACCCGUGAUCGGGGGUGACACAGCAGGUCGGUUGCACGGCGAUGACGGUGACGAGCCCGCAGGAGUUCACAGCUUUGAUGACGGCGACGGGGGAGAGGCCUCAGACGAGGACGCCAUCGACAGAGUGAUCGUUGGCCUUUGCGCGACAGAUGUGGGUGGUGGAUUGCAGGGAGCCCAUGACACGUCGCUGAAUGCGGAUGUUGUUGUGGAGGAGGAGGCAGGGUUGCGGACUGACUGUGCGGCUGGUGACAGUGUUCCACGACACAGUCCUGUUAUGGAGGUUGACGUCCAUGUUGGUGACAAGGAUAGGUCGUCCCCACCAUGGGACGUAGAGGGGGACAUCUCCCUCGCGUUGAUUGUGAGCCCCCCGUAGGCUUCUUACGCCGAUGAGGGUAUCACGGGUUGCCGCAUGGACGACAGGCCGGGGGGGUCCACACAGCCGCUCUUGAUCCAGA